AUGAAAAACGCAUAUAUAACAAUAGUCAUUGUGAGUUUGCUUACUUUUGCAAGUUCAAAGCUAACACUCCAGCAAGCAGUUCGGCUGAAUUUGCAAAAUUUGAGAUGUCGAGAUCUAGAUGAUAUAAAUAUUAUGAUCUCUGACAUCAUUUAAUGGAAAGAAGCAAUAGAGUUAAAUAAUUAAUUAGGAGAUGAUUUUAAUGGAUUGUUGGAGGUUGAGAGAAUUGUUAAAAAUACAAAACAAUAGUUAUUGCAUUAAUAAUCAUUAAUUGAAAUUGAAAUGCCUGUUAAACCAGACCUUUAAGCUAAAUUUGAAACAGAUCUUGCCAAAAUCAUGAAGUUAAUGUAAUAAAUGAAUCAAAAGCAAUCAAAAAAAGAGAAACUCGAUCUAUUAACUGAAAUUGAUGUUAGCAUUUAAGCAACAAAAUAGAAAAUGUAAUCAAUAUUAUCUCAAUCCUCAAAAGCCACCGAAUAUGAUAUAGAAUUAUUGACCACUAAUCUAAAAUAAUUAUUAUAUAUCAAACAAUAGUGUUAAAAUUAAUAGUAACAAGGCUAAUAUACAAUUGGUAGAAAUAAUAAGUACUAUAAGCCUUAUAGUUACGACGAGUAUGAUUUCGAUGAAUACGAUGAUCCUAUCUAAUAAGUUUUAUAUGAUAGUGAUUAUGAUUCUGAUUACAGCAACUAUUAUGAUUAUGAUGAUUAUGAUUAUAAUUAUGAGAGAUUCCAUAGAAGUAGAUCAUAAAGAUAAUAAAAUUAAAGAGCUCGAAAGAAUUCCAAUUCAUAAAAAUAAUCAAAAUAAACUAAAAUAAAAAGAUAAAUAAAAUAGAAGAAUGAUAAACAUCUUGAUUAGCCAGAAAUCUAAUAAUAACAAUAUACAGAUGAAGAAUAAUAUUAGGAUUAAGGCUUUUCAUCAACAGAACAGCAAUAUUAAGAUCGUCCUAUAUACAAUAAUGAAGACAAUGACGACAGUAAUUAUUCUCCUAUCCAAUAAUAAGAAGAGGAUCCAAAUCAAGACUCUGAAGAUUAUUAUUUAUCUGCAGAUUCAAAACCAUAUGAUGCUCUAGAUCCUGAAAAUUAAUAUAACAUUAUAUCAGAUUUGCAUAUUGUAAAUGAAUAAGAAAAGAAAAAUAAAUCUAAUAAAGAUAAUAAUUUAAUUCAAAAUGAAAGAGAUUAUUAAACAGAUUCAGAUGACUAUUAUUAAGAUGACUACUAAGAGGAUUAAGAAUAUAUUUAAUAGCCUGAUGAAUAAUACCUUGAAAAUGAAACAAUUCAACCAGUUAAAAACUAAAAAUAGUAAAGGUUCAUUAAUCUAAAUAAGGAUGACUAUGAUUAUCAAUAGGAUGUUGAUUACUAAAUUGAGUAGGAUAACAGAUAAAAUAAUAAACAUACUAGUUAGGAAUCCUCAAAUCUUGAUGAAUAGGAAGAUAUCAAUUAUUAAAAACUAGAAGAUGAAAAAACGAAUGAUGUUGAAUAAUAGGGGGAAACAGAAAAUAAUAAGCUUGAAUAAAAGGAAAACUAAGAAAUUAAGAAAGUUGAUUCAGAGUAGAAAUCAGAAAAUAAAUAAGUAGAGAAAUAGGAGAUUUCAGAGGUUAAAUAAGUUGAAUAAGAUUAAAAUAAGAGCUCUUCAUAAUAGAAUGAGGAAGUGAUCCAACAAAGUAAUAAAUAAUCAGAAAUAAACAAUAACAAUUAGGAACAGAGUAAAUCUAAAUCAUAAUUAAAUCAUAUGUAGGAAGGAUAAAUAGAGACUCAUGAGGACUUUAAAGCAAUUCCAGACUCAUUAAAAUAAACAACAUAAAUAAAGGCCUAGGCAGAGGAAUUUAAUUUAAAAGAUUAAAAAAUACUACCUGAACAGUAGUAAUAAUAGUAAUAACCAAAUGUUUAAUAAUAAGAAUAAUAAAAGUAAGAAUAGUCAGUAUAAAAGGUAAAUCCUUUAGAAAAAGAAUAGCCACCAACGUAAUAAGUGGUAUAAUAAGAAGUACCCUAAUAACCUGCUGAGUAAAUUUAACCAUAAUUAAAGUCAUCCUUAUAAGAAUAGAUAGAAUAAUAAUAAUAAUAAUAAUAAUAAUAAUAAUAAUAAUAAUAAUAAUAAUAAUAACCAUAAUAAUAACCUUAAUAAUAACAAUAAAAUGUAUUACCUAAUCCAUUAUAAACUUAAGAAUAGAAUGUAAAUAAUGUAUAACCAAAUGUACCAGAAUAAAAAAAUGAACCUCAAAUUUAAUAAUAAGACCCAACUUCAUAAGAACCAAUUGGUAUUGACACAAGUCAGCUUCAGCCUCAAAAUGUGAGUGAAUAGAAACCUUUGUUACCUACUGAGCUGGUUCCAGAUAAUUCAAUUAAAAUCCCUACUAAAGGUCUUGAAGAGAAUCCUGAUCAAUUAAUUGACCCAGUUAAGUUUGUUCCAUUCAAACACAAGCCUUUAUAGAGCACUGCAAACAUUAUGGUGAGGUAAUCAAAAUUUUAUGAUUCAACCGUUGAAGGAAAGGCGUCGUAUGAAAUUUAAUUUUCAAAUAAGGAGUUGUAAGAUUCUGAAGAGUAUGGAUAUGGAUUUUGGGUAAAAUACUAAAGUACUCUUGAGUACAAGUUGAAACAAAAUUAAUAUUACUUUUUGUCUCGAUUAACUUCUAUAAAGGAUUAUUUGGACUUUUAAAAUUAUGGGGAUAGAACUUUAGCCAAUUUCUUGAUGGAUAACACGUUUGUGUUUGCAACGUAUGAUUAUGUUGGAAAAGAGAAGAAUAAGGUGGCUUAGAUAAGUUUGAAUCAGAAUAUAGACGGUAGAUGGUACUUCGUGUCUUUCUCGUAUAGCAGUCGUAAAUAGAAGUCAGUAGGAUUUGUGUUGACAUAUGGUAAGGGUAGGGAAUUUUAGAGAGUUGAGAUUCCAUGCACUCAUGCUCCUCCAUUUUAUAUGUCAAUGACUGUGGGAGGGAAGCAUUUGCAUUACCCAGGAUUGGAAGGUUAAUUUGCAAAUAUCUUUUACGAUAUAGAAGCACCUGCGUUGAUUGACAAUGAAUAAGAGCUAUUCAAUUUGGUUGAGACGAUGUCUUUUAUGCCAUAAGGAUUGAAGACUUACCAUGAGGAAAUGGUAGUUGGGCCACCAGUGGACAUGGAUGGAAAUACCAAUUGCAAUUAUGAGAAGGGAUUUAAGGAUUCAUUUAUUUAUGAGCAUUAUGCAAUAGCAGGUUGGUUUAGAUGGGUUGAUAAUUUGGAUGUGAAGGAGUUGAAUUCAUUUUAGAUAAUGAAUCUGAGAUCGAAUAAGUAGAGAGUGAAAGAUUAAAGAGAAUUGGGAGAUAGAGCUCUGGAAAUUCAUUUUAUAAGAGGAUUAUAGAAUAUAGGGUUGAAUUUCCAUACUUAUUCAGUGGCUGGAAAUGAGGGCAGAGGAAGUGAGCUGAUAGUGAAAUCAGUGCCUUAUACAACCAAUGUAUGGACAUAUGUUUACUUUGGAUUUAAUUAAGAAGAGAAGAAAGCUUAAGGUAUAAUGAUAAGAGUGGGAGUGAAUGAGGAGGUGUUGUUUGAAGGAUUAGAACAUAAGAAUACGAAUUCAUUAUAUUUUACUUUGGGAGGAGAUCAGACGGUUGCCUCUUUCAAUGGUAAAGUGGCUCAGAUUGGAGUAUAUUUGGGACCUGAAAGUUAUGCGAAGUCUAAGAAAUUAGAUUACAAUUUUGGGUACGGAGACGGAGCUGUCAGAUUGUUUCAGUUGGUUAAACCAUUGAUAUUGAGAGGACAAUAGGAUCAAUACGAAAUAUCAUUUGAUUAAAAAGAGUCAUUGAUCAAUCAGAUUCUGAUCCAAGAUGAUAGCAAUAUAAGAAUCAAUGGAUUGAGUGAGUAUUCUAUUGGGUUGUGGACUUGUUGGUUAAGUAGUCUACCAAAGUUUAUAGGAAGUAGAAGUGAUUUGCAUUAGAUUAUUAGAAUGGGUACUCAGAGUAAGUUGUUAGAAUUGAAGAACAAUAAGUUAAUCUAGAGUGUUGAUGGAUAAGUAAAUAAUGAUAUCAAAGAUACUACAUUAUAGAUUAGAUUGGGUAAGAAGGAUUAUGAGUUCUCCACUUACAAUCUAAUAAGCAAUGACAUUAAAAAAGGAGUGAUUCCUUUAGAUUCUCAAUUAGAGGGAUCAUGGAAUUACUUAUCCUUUUCUUAUAAAAAAAUGAACAAUAAUAUGGGUUUAGCCAAGGGAUACGUUUAAUUUGGAAUUGGAGGAUAAGUUAAGGAGUGUUCAAUCGAAGUGAUACAUGAUUACAUUUUAGAGUAUGUCGAGUUGAAUGUAGGAAAAUCAAAUAUUCCUCAAUUUAAUGGCAAAUUAGCUAAUGUGCAGAUGAGAUUAGGAAACGGGGCAUUUCUAGUGGAUGUUGCAUAAUAUGAAUAAUUUUAAUAAUUAGAAAAGCCAGUGUUGGGAAUAAGUGCAGCUGUUCGUAAGAGUAUCUAAUUGUUGGGGUCAGAAACUGAUAUGGCCAAAGUGUAAGAAACUUAAAAUGUAUUUGAGUAUUCUUAAUAUGCAGGUGUUAAUGAAUAUGCAUUAUCUGGUUGGGUUAAAUGGGGAGGUGAUUAAGCACAAGGAGGACUAUUUAGCAUAUUGAUGAUGGUUCAGAAGAAGUAAUAAGAUAUCAAACCAGGAUAGAGUGAUAGUUAAUUGUAUAUAUAGAAGACUGAUAAGGAUUACAUAUUUGGAACUUAUAAUUGUAAUGGAGAGGAUUGUUCACAAUCUUAGGAGAAGAACAUCGAGUUUAAUGAGUAUUAUAAUUAAUGGACCUAUAUUUAUAUUGGGUAUACUCAGAAAUAGAAGAAGUUGUUUGCAUUAUGCAAAUUCACUUUUAAUUAAUAACAAUAGACAUUCUAAGAGAUCAACAGAGUAUUGUUGUCAACAUUUACUGUAUAUUUGGGAAAGAAAUUUCAAUUGGCAAAUCAAUGGCUGGGUUAAAUUAAAUAUUGGGUAUUGAAUGUUGGAGAUGGUUCAUAUUUAGAAAGUGGAUAUGAGUAGAAUGAAACUGUAGAAUUGAAUUUUGGAUUCAAUAGUGGAACUGAUCAUUUGAAAUUACAGACUGCAAAUCAAGAAAUAGAUCACAGUGAUGAAGUAAUAGAUUCUUAAGCAGACAAAUAAAAUGUCCCAUGGAUGAUUGAAUUGAAUGAACAAUCUGAUGUUAAAAUAGAAGGAGUCAGUUCCUAUGGUUAUGGGAUGUGGAUAAGAUUCAGAUACUAUGGUGCAGGCAUUCUCUUCAGUCAACCUAAAUGGAUGGGAUUGAGUAGAUUGACAACUAAUAGAGAUUAUAGAGAUGCAGAUGCAGUAGGUGAUAGAGUAUUGAUGAUACUCUUUGGUAAAGGUGAAGAUGAAAAAUCAUAAGGAAUAUUCUAAUUUUCAACCUACACAAUAGGGUAACCCAAUAUCUUUGGUAAUCUCUAAUAUCAAAUGGAAUAUGAAUCUGAAUGGGUCUAUAUUUACUACAGUUACAAACGAAUAUCCCAAACUCAAGGUGUUGCCAUGGCAUAUACAGGUAGGAUGGAUAUUGUGGAUGAACUUAAAAUAGAGGCAUUGCACAAUCCAAUAAACAAUUUUGUUUCAACUUACAAUUGGUCAUAGUGGAAAGUACUAUCCAAAUUUUAAUGGAUAAUUGACUGGCAUUAAAUUUAAAUUAGGAAUUGGUGCCUUCAUUGA